GAGAAUUCGCACGGAUUUAAGAGGGGUGACGACAGUGAGGAUUUUUGUAAAAGGAGAAUUCGCACGGAUUUAAGAGGGGUAGCAAGAGAAUUUUCACGGGUUGAGGCAGCAAAGAGCAAAAUAAAUCACAGGUUGCGGAGAGCAAGCCGGGACGGUAGAGAGAGGAAAGGAAUAGUUGAUUCAUUAGACAAAUGCAUACUGCCUCCCCGACCAACCAUGGUGGCUAGGGCACCAAUCCCUCCACUGCAACGGGAUAUUCCCCCACCAUAG